GGGGUAAAAACGGUUCCAUUUGCAAUUGAUAAGUUGUCCAACCAAUGGAUGCGUGAAUCUGGUACUGUAGAGUACUGUGCUCUGCGGGCUGAUGAAGAACAGAACAGCUCGGAAGGCUUGGAAGACUGGACCCGCCAGCCCCGCCCUCUUUCCGACAAAAAUGCUGCAGACAGUUUCUGGUGCAAGCCCCUGCCAAAAAGUCCUGUUUUCUCAGUACCUAGGCAGCCUUGCAUCGCGCCUAGUCCUCAGCCCAGCUACAGAAUCCCAGUCUUGACAAUGCCGAAGAACGCCAAGCUUGAGUGGCUGGCCGAGGGGAAGCACAAGAGUGGACACGCCAACGUCAUUGCUGAGCUUCGAGCUGUCCACCUGCCACCCCUAGAGCUCUGCAUCCAGUCCGAGGCUCUUGACCGUUGAACUGUGAAGAAAGCAAGGCGCUUGAAUGUUGUUUCAUAUCAAUGGAUAGAACUGUCAUCUAAGGCGGGCGAAUUCGCUUAUCAGUCCAGUUACACACACGAUUGUUCUGCCAGUAAUUCGAGCGGGUUUCAGCGGCAGAAAAGUCAGCAUUAAAAAAAUUGGAAUCAAGAAAAGCAAAAAAAAAAAAAACGA